AUGUCUAACAUUGAGUCAUUACCAUUAUAUACAGAAAAUCCAAGUGAUGAACCAAUUACUAUUGAUGAAGAAGUUUUACCACCAUCUUAUUAUGACCCUCCAGUAGGUGAUACACCUGUUUUUUUUCAAAAUGCUUCUCCAAAAGGUUGGUCUAUUAUUUUUAACACCAGAUAUUAUAGAAAUGGAGAUAUUUUUGUUGGGAAAGAUUCAAUAUUUAAGUAUACCUAUUUCCAAAGGCAUGGAAGGAAUUCUGAAAUUGAUAAUUUACAUAGAUUAGGUAUUGGUGUACCGUUAUUCAAAGUUAUCGUUGCUUUGUGUAGUCCCAUUACAGCAAGAUCAGUUACUUUCCGAAUUCAUUCUCACAAUAUUCAAAGUGGUACUUCAAUUGAUGACAACAAUAAUUAUUAUACUUUUUGUCAAGUUAAAAAGUCUUGUUAUAACGGGUAUAAUGCUUUUACAUUUCAUUUCACACCAGAUCCAUAUCAAAAAAGUUUAAAUUCUAAAGUUGUUAUGUUUCAAGAUACAAAUAUUCCAAUUUAUGAUUAUAUUUAUAAAGGUGAACGACAUAGAUGGGUUGAUGAAACAGUUACUCCAUUUUUUCAACAAACUGAACAAAUAAAAUUUGGAUUUAAACAUACAUCUUUAUUGCCAUCUCAAAUAUCGCUUUGUGAUUAUUGGUCUGGAUAUGGUGAUAAAUUAAACAAUAAGCAUACUAUUUUCAGUUUGUUUUCAUCAAAGUUUAAAACAAACACUGAUGGUAUGUUUGGAAUCCAAAGAGGUGAUUACUACGGAACAAAACCUAAUGCUAUAUUCGGUUUAGCUAAAACUUCGUUUAAUUUAGGUAAAUUACGUCUAGCUGAAUUACGAAUUCAUGAUCAAACUGGACUUCAUGAUGAAUAUAUUGAAGAAACAGAUUCUUUUGAAACUUAUAAUAGUAAUUUUUCAUUAAAUCAAGAUUCAUUGGUUAUGAUUUGCAUUGCCACUUUUUUGAGAAUGGAAAAAGAUAUUAGAUAUGAUAUUUCAAGGAAAAAAGUUGUUAAGCUGUGGCCGGAACAUACUUUGAAAAAUAAAUCAAAUGUGAAGUAA